AUGCCGACGGAUUCGAGAAUGCCCAAGUUUCUUCAAUCCUAUGGAUAUGAUUUGAUUCUGGGAUCUGUAGCUGCAAUUUAUGUGGUCAUGGCACCAUAUACUAAGGUGGAAGAGAGCUUCAACGUACAGUCAAUGCACGACAUCCUUUACCAUCGUCACCAUUUGAGCUCUUAUGAUCAUUUGGAGUUCCCCGGUGUUGUCCCUCGAACUUUUAUUGGAGCCUUUAUAGUCUCUUUUAUCGCAUCACCCGUUGUAUCAGUCAUCAGCUGGCUUGGCUUCCCCAAGAUCUGUAGUCUCGUUGCAGUUAAUCUCGCAUAUGGUAACUGGUUAAAGGGAAACUUUUAUUCUGCUUUGAGCUUCCUGAUUUUUGCCACUGUAAUCUUCAGAUGUGAUGUGAUGUUACUUCUUGGGCCCAUCGGUAUUGAACUUUUAUUGACCAAAUCGAUCUCCUUCUGGAAAGCACUUAAGUACUGUGUUGGAACCGCUGUGGUGGCUGUAGGUCUUACAAUCUCCGUUGACUCUAUCAUGUGGAAGAAGUUUGUCUGGCCAGAAUUUGAAGUUUUCUGGUUUAACUCCAUUCUGAACCGGAGUUCUGACUGGGGUUUGCUGAAUCAGACACAUUCCGUUCAUUGGUACUUCACCUCAGCACUCCCACGGUCUUUACUUGUAGCUUACCCUCUUUCCCUGCUCGGUACCUUACUUGACAGGAGGGUUCCAUUUCUUAUUCUUCCAGUUUUAUCCUUUGUUAUGCUCUACUCUAAACUUCCGCACAAGGAACUCCGCUUUAUUAUUAGUUCAGUGCCAAUGCUCAACUUAUCUGCUGCAGUAGCUGCUAGCAGAAUCUACAAUAACAGGAAGAAAACUAUCUGGAAACUGGUGAACAUGGUUAUGCUAGCAUUAUUUGCAAUCAGUGCAGGGUGCACGGUUGUAACAUUCAUGGCAUCUUACAACAACUAUCCCAGCGGCCAUGCUCUUAAGCGCUUGCAUCAGAUGAGCCAUCCUGCAAAUGUAGCGGGAGAAGAGUGGGUUCACAUAGACACUUUUGGUGCUAUGAAUGGAAUAUCUCGCUUUUGUGAAGAUGCUUUUCCUUGGAGAUACUCAAAAGAAGAAGAGAUAGUGGUGGAGGAGUUGCAAAACCGGAAUUUCACGUACCUUGUGAACGAGCACCCCGCUGUAGAUGGAUACAAGUGCUUAUUUUCAGAAGAAGGCUUCGACAGACUCAAACUGCGGCGAGGCUUCCCUCCCAUUGUUCUGGUAAAAAGAGCUAAAGUAUACGUGCACCGGAAUAUUAAGAAGGAAGAUCAUUUGCGUAAGAAAUGGCCAGGAUGUUAG